AUGAAUGGCGUCCGGACGAGCUACCUCGUCCGAUGGCGUGGCUAUCCACCGGCCUGGGACAGCUGGGAGCCUCGUGCCCAGCUGAUUGUUGAUGUCCUUCGUCUCGUCGAGAAGUACGACGAGACCCACCCGCUGCGUUUGAAGAAGGGCCGUCGGAAAACGACCUCCUUGAACGCGAGUACAGGGAUUGAAAAGCGUCGAUCCCUUCGGCCAUCUCAGAAGAGAUGCGCGCCCUCCAGUAGGGAUCAGUAG